UUCUCCUAAUAUUGUUAAUAUUAUAUAUAUUUUGUAUUAUUUUGAUUGUAGUUAAUUUUUUCUAAAUGUGACUAGUUAAAAUACUUGAGUGGCUAGAAUUUGAUCUUCUUGACAAUCUGAAUUCAACCAUGUAAAAAACUCAUUAUUUCGACGGUGGAGUUGGCACGAAAUAAAAGUUGAAGGUGAAGGUGCCGCAAACUUCGAAUGGGCACCCAUGGUGUCCAGUGUCGAGUAAAGUGAUGGGGCUUGGUAGAUAGCGAUCUCAGGGAUUAUCGCUUCUUUCUGGGUGGUGUGUGUCGAUGUCGACGGAUGUUGGCGGUGAUCAAUGGUAGAAGAAUAAGAAGAAAGAAGAAAGAGGGAAAAUUUGUUAAUUUUGUUAACCGCAAGUGUUUUUUUUUCCUUUCGAUUCACUGUGACUUGUGUAUUUUUUCCAUUAUUAUUAAUCUCACCAUUCUCUAAGUAGUCUCGGUUAUUGUACACAUAUUGAAUAGUUAAACGACAACAAACUUGUACAGUUAACAAGUCGUUUUACACAAAAUGGAAGCAUUUUUUUCUUCCUUUGGUUUGAGGGAAAGUAGCAAUUUCUUUCAAUAUUAGCUUCGUUUUUAGAAGUACAAAUCUGUCCAAUCUCAACCAUCCGUGUCGGCGGGGACCCAAACCUGUCAACAGCUGAGAUUGGACGACGGACAUAACGGACCCUUCUUCUACCACCGACUAGUACUACUUGAGAUCUCGAGAGAUAGAGAGAUCUACGGUUGUGUUGAAUUCUUCUGUCAACCGGAGAUUCAUCACCGUUCGAUUUCCCACACAUUGCCCUACCUUCCAGAUCCCAAUUCUCAGGCCACAAUCCUCCACUCUCUGAUCUCCUCAUUUCAGAGUUCUGAAAUGGGAAUUGUAGAGAACAACAAUUGGCAAUCAGUACUGGGUAAUGAUCAGUGGGUAGCACUACCUGUAUCUGGUCCGAGGCCAUCUGCUCGCUACAAGCAUGCAGCAGUAGUAGCUGAUGAGAAACUAUAUAUUGCUGGUGGGAGUCGUAAUGGUCGUUACCUAUCUGAUGUUCAGGUCUUUGACUUUGGAGAUUUAAAAUGGUCUAACAUAAAAUUGAAAACAAAUGUUGAUAAACUUGAAGACAGUGACUCACAGGAAGCUCUUUCACCCAUCUCCGGUCACAAUAUGAUUAAGUGGGGAAAUAAACUACUUCUCCUUGGUGGGCUCUCAAAGAAAUUUUCUGAUGAAGUGAUAGUUUGGUUUAUUGACUUGGAUACACAUCUCUGCGGCAUUAUGGAGACUUCAGGAAAAGUUCCGGUAGCUCGUGCGGGGCAGUCCACAACUCUUGUUGGUUCUAGGGUAAUUAUGUUUGGUGGAGAAGAUAGGAGCAGAAGACUAUUGAAUGAUGUAAAUGUUCUUGAUCUGGAGACAAUGACUUGGGAUGUGUUGGAAACCACGCAGACAUCUCCAGCUCCCAGAUUUGAUCAUACAGCCGCAAUACAUGCAGACCAUUACCUUUUAAUUUUUGGUGGUUGUUCUCAUGCUAGUUUUUUCAAUGAUCUUCAUGUACUGGAUUUGCAGUCGAUGGAGUGGUCUCAACCACAAAUUCUAGGUGACUUGGUGACUCCUAGGGGAGGUCAUGCUGGUAUAACAAUUAACGAGAAUUGGUAUAUAGUUGGUGGUGGAGAUAAUCGUAAUGGUUGCCCAGAAACUCUGGUGCUAGAUAUGUCGAAGCUUGUUUGGUCAGUAUUGACGAGUGUGAAGCAAAGAGAUCCCCUUGCCAGUGAGGGAGUCAGUGUUUGCUCGGUGUUAAUUGAAGGACAAAAGCAUUUGGUUGCUUUUGGGGGCUACAACGGCAAAUAUAGCAAUGAGGUUUUUGUUUUGAGACCCAAACCAACAGAUUUGUCACGGCCCAAGAUUUUGCAGUCACCUGCAGCUGCUGCAGCUGCAGCUUCUGUGACUGCUGCUUAUGCCUUGAGCAAGAAUGAAAAAAUGGAUUUCGUAGUUGCAGAGUCAAACUCCAAGAGAAUUGAAAACAAUAUUUUGAGGAAAGAUUUAAAGAUUGAGAUUGAGGCAGUUAAAGCAGAAAAAAAUGUGUUGGAGUUGUCACUCGCAGAAGUUAGAGCUGAAAAUUCUAAGUUGGGAGGGGCGGUUGAAGAAAUCAAUAGUACUCAUGGCGAGUUGGUGAAGGAACUACAUUCAGUCCAGGGCCAACUGGUGUCUGAGAGAUCAAGAUGCUUUAAACUCGAGGCCCAAAUCAACGAAUUACAAAAGAUGCUGGAAUCUAUGCAAUCUAUUGAGGAUGAAGUACAAGAACUCCGGAACCAAAAGUCAGCAUUCGAACGGGAUAUGGAGCUCACUUCGGCUCCUCAGAGGCAAGGUUCUGGUGGUGUUUGGCGGUGGAUUGCUGGGAGCGAUGCUUAAAAGCUUUUAUCAAGGCCUACAUAUUGAAGGUUGUUAAAUCUAGUUAUCUUUUGAGAAGUUCAGGCUGAUCGCUCCAGUUGUAUAUUUGAAGAACCUGUGGUUUUCAUGAAUAUUGGUUCUCUGAGGUGCUUUUUUGCCCUCUUGCUGAAGUGAGAUUUUUGGGGAGACGGCACUAAAUUGGGUAAAUGAACGCUCGAACUAUACAACAUUUUUUUUCUUCUUCUUCUUCAUAAAAUCCUACUUACUUUCCCGUUCUGUUGCUUUUCUUAUAAUUGUUUUCUCCUUAAAGUUUAUAUUUUUUUGUUCCUCUGCUAUAUGAUUAAUGAAAAUUUGUGCCAAUGGUUUUGCAUUGUGAAA